GACCAUCAGCAAACACUCCCGAGGAAAAUGAUGGCGCCAAAAUCCCUCACCCUUUCGGCGAUUUUUCCGGCACUUGUUGCCUUUUCUUUUUCUUUGCUCCUCUUUGGUCGUCCAAUCAUUGGCGGCCACGACUACUCCGACGCUCUCCGCAAGAGCAUUCUGUUUUUCGAAGGCCAACGCUCAGGCGGACUCCCGCCAGAUCAACGCGUCAAAUGGCGCUGCGAUUCUGCAUUGCGAGACGGUUCUUCUGCCGGCGUGGACUUAACGGGAGGUUACUACGACGCCGGAGACAACGUGAAGUUCGGGUUCCCAAUGGCGUUCACGACGACAUUAUUAGCCUGGAGUGUCAUAGAUUUCGGGAGAAACAUGGGGCCGGAACUAAAGAACGCCGUUAAAGCAGUAAAGUGGUCGACGGAUUAUCUGUUGAAAGCAACUUCAAAGCCUGGAGUGGUGUACGUACAAGUAGGAGAUGCGUUCUCCGAUCAUAGUUGCUGGGAAAGGCCGGAGGACAUGGACACGCUGCGUACGGUGCACCAAAUCGAUAAAGCGCAUCCUGGUUCUGACGUCGCUGGUGAAACCGCCGCCGCGUUGGCCGCUGCUUCCAUCGUGUUCAGGUCUCGUGACCCUGCUUACUCGAGGUUGCUCCUCAAUCGAGCGGUUAGGGUGUUCAACUUUGCUGACCAGCACCGAGGUGCCUAUAGUAUCAGUCUGCACUCUGCUGUCUGUCCUUUUUACUGCGACGUUAAUGGCUACCAGGAUGAGUUGCUUUGGGCAGCAGCUUGGCUGCACAAGGCCUCAAGGAAGCGUGUAUAUAGAGAGUACAUAGUGAAUAACGAGGUCGUCUUGAGAGCCGGUGAUACCAUCAAUGAGUUUGGUUGGGAUAACAAGCAUGCUGGGAUUAACGUCCUCAUUUCCAAGGAAGUGCUGAUGGGAAAAGCUGACUAUUUCGAGUCUUUCAAGCAAAAUGCUGAUGGUUUUAUUUGUUCUUUACUGCCUGGAAUUUCCCAUCCUCAAGUUCAGUACUCUCCUGGUGGGUUAAUCUUCAAAGCUGGAGGGAGUAACAUGCAACAUGUAACGUCCUUGUCUUUCCUGCUUCUAGCCUAUUCUAAUUAUCUAAGCCACGCUAACAAGGUGGUGCUGUGCGGUGAAGUAUCAGCCUCACCUGCCCUUCUCAAACACUUGGCUCAGCGCCAGGUGGACUAUAUUCUGGGAGAUAAUCCUUUGGGGAUGUCCUACAUGGUUGGGUAUGGAGCACGAUAUCCUGAGAGGAUUCAUCACAGGGGCAGCUCAUUGCCGUCGGUGGCGGUCCACCCGGGUCGCAUCGGGUGCAAAGAGGGGAGUCGGUAUUAUCUAAGUCCAAACCCGAAUCCAAAUAUAUUGGUGGGAGCAGUGGUGGGAGGGCCAAUUAAUGUGUCGGAUGCAUUUCCGGAUUCGAGGCCGUAUUUUCAAGAGUCGGAGCCAACAACGUACAUCAACGCUCCACUGGUGGGUGUACUUGCAUUCUUUUCUGCCCACCCUUGAUAGGUUUUCCUCUUAAAAUGUAAAGAAUGACUGAUGAUGUCCCAAGUGGUGUGCGAUGGUCACCCUCCCCUAUUACUGCGGGAUGAAAUUAUUUCAAAUU